UAGGUUUUAAAAAAAAAAGGAAAAUUAUGUAAUUAAAUUAGAGACGUCGCUUAAUUAAGGCUCAGAAGAAACGGGUCUUAUGGCACACGUGUCACACAUUCAGCAUUCUCUCUCUCACGACCAAAUCAUCUUCUCUCCUCUCGUGACUCUUCGACGACUCCGACUCCGACUCCAUCCGGUGAUCUCUCCUCAACGGAAUGUCUCGUCUAGAGGCCGAGGAGGGUGAGAGGAUGAUGAUGAUGAUGCGAAGAAUCUCCGAGAGAGCUUCUGGUUUCUCUAAGAACUUGAUUCUCAGAUCCUCGGCGUCGCGGUUUCACGGCGAGUCCCUCGAUUCCUCCAUCUCACCCGUUCUCAUUCCCGGCGUCCAUGUCUUCCAUUGCCAGGACGCAGUUGGAAUCGUAGCAAAGCUAUCAAGCGUGGAGUCUGCACUCUAGAGUUCUUGAUAUGCUUGGUGUUGACUAUCUUAGGCUACAUCCCAAGGAUAAUCUAUGCUAUACGUGAUCGUGUUUCAGAACUGUGAAGGGGAAACUGAGGACUACAGUGCUCCACUUCGGUUUUCUUAUGGCUCUCUACCUUGUCUUAUGGUUUGAUCUCUUUGUUUUGUGUCUCUUAGUAUUCUAGAUUCUUUGUGCAGGCCUUUGAUGCAGGUGUGAAGCUGAUUGGAGCAACAAGCCACUUUGUUACUGAGGAACUUGAUGUAGGGCCUAUCAUUGAACAAAUGGUAACUUUGUCUGCCAACUAUUGGAUUAGUACCUUCUACAAGAUGAUUGUAAACCAUAAGCGAACGUGACUGUGGAGUUACACUAGGGUUAGUGGUAAAAUGAAGAUUAUGGGGAUUGUGAAGAAGCACGUUACGGUUAAAAUGAACUGCAUGAUGGAUGUGACUGUGAACAUCCCGCGACGACAGGCCAUUCAAGAUGUCGAGUGCAACUGCAAGAACAAUAUCAAUCUUUAAGUUUUUGGUUUCCACAUUAGGAUUUGUCUCAACGUUCUUAAUAGUUUCAUUACCAAAUUAUUUGGUUAUUUGAUUAUAACAGUACCAUGUACAAGUGUGUUUUGACUUUCUCGUGCUUCUUUAAGAAAAUUGUUUUUCUUUACACUUGCUAUGAUUUUGAAUUGAGUAAAUAUGAGAUUUGUACUAUAUA